CGUUCGUGUGCGUGUGCGUCGCCGCGCGCGUUGGCAGCAGCGCAACAACAAGAAUAACAACAGCAAAAAAUAAAAUCAACAACAUUUAUAGGCCCGAGUCGGAGCAGUUCGCGCCACUUUGAAGAGGUCCAUGCAAAAUGUCUAGUCCUGACGAUAGAAUACCAAUACGUGAUUUGCCGCCUGAAGCCGGAAACGAUGAGCGAUUGCUGCACAUAACGCCGGGCGUUUUAUCGCUGGACUUUAAACCGCAUCAAGUUGACAUUGAUCAGCAGAUCCUGGAGCUGAAGAAGAGCCAGGAGCUGCAGAAACAGCGUCUUUUCCACUCGUACCAGGAACAGACGAAGCAAAUGGAACGGGAGCAUAAACUGCAACUGGAGCACAAAUAUCAUUUUGCGGUGCAUUCACAUGGCGCUUUCCAGGAAUUGCGGGAACAGAGCAUGGUCACGGCGGCGGCAGUUGUCGAGGAGCAGCAUCGCCAGCACCAACAUCAGCAACAUCAGCAACAGCAGCAGCAACAGCAGCAACAGCAGCAGCAGCAGCAGCAGCAGCAGCGGGAGCGAAAAGAACGUGAAGUGAUGAAGCGAAAGGAGAAUUGCAGCGCCAAUGCGAGUCCCGAAGUCAAACAGAUACUCAGUUGCUUUCUCAUGAGCCGCAAGUCGCAGGCAAUGGCUCCAAAUGGCACCACAACCACAUCGCCCUAUCGCAAUCGCGGUGUUGUUAAGAGCUCUUCGGGCGAAUCGUUGCCCGUUGGCACCGUCACCAGCGCACAUCCAUAUAAAAUCCCACAGCCGCCGACCUCACUGCUCAAAUAUGAAUCUGAUUUCCCCCUGAGGAAAACUGCAUCGGAGCCAAAUUUGCUGAAGAUCCGGCUCAAGCAGAGCGUCAUCGAGCGCAAGGCACGGAUCGGCGGUCCGGCGGGGGCUCGACGGCACGAACGCCUGCUGCAGGCCGCCCAGCGACGGCAUCAGAAGAACUCGGUUCUCACAAGUACGUAUAUAACAAUGGAGCAAAUACAUGCACACAAACACACACACACAGGCACACACUCACACACACAUGCAUUAUCGAAAUUCUGGAGGGGAUCGGAUUGGGGUCAACCCGCUGGCAGUGGCAACCGCAUCGAACCGCUUGGAGCGCGUUUCACGGUUUUGUUGUAAUUUUGGAGCGGAGCG